GCAGCCAGGCGGACAGAGGCGCGCGGCGGCCGAGCGGCGGCAGGGACGCACAACCUGCCCUCCUGGCCAUGGGUGGCGCCGUGGUUGACGAGGGCCCCACGGGCAUCAAGGCCCCGGACGGAGGCUGGGGCUGGGCCGUUCUUUUCGGCUGCUUCGUCAUCACGGGCUUCUCCUACGCCUUCCCCAAGGCGGUCAGUGUCUUCUUCAAGGAGCUCAUGCGUGAGUUUGGGAUUGGCUACAGUGACACGGCCUGGAUCUCCUCCAUCCUGCUGGCCAUGUUGUACGGGACAGGCCCGCUGUGCAGCGUGUGCGUGAACCGCUUUGGCUGCCGGCCCGUCAUGCUCACGGGGGGUCUCCUGGCGUCCCUGGGCAUGGUGGCCGGGUCCUUCUGCAGAAGCGUCAUCCAGCUCUACCUCACCACUGGGGUGAUCACUGGCCUGGGUUUGGCGCUCAACUUCCAGCCGUCGCUCAUCAUGCUCAACCGCUACUUCAACAAGCGGCGCCCCAUGGCCAAUGGGCUGGCGGCCGCAGGCAGCCCCGUGUUCCUGUGCGCCCUGUCCCCGCUGGGCCAGCUGCUGCAGGACCGCUACGGCUGGCGGGGCGGCUUCCUCAUCCUGGGCGGCCUCCUCCUCAACUGCUGCGUGUGCGCGGCGCUCAUGAGGCCCCUGCGGGCGCCCGGGCCGGCUCCGGGCCCCGCACCCCAGCGGCCGCCCCACCGGCUGCUGGACCUGAGUGUCUUCCGGGACCGCGGCUUCGUCAUCUACGCCGUGGCCGCCUCCAUCAUGGUGCUGGGGCUCUUCGUGCCCCCCGUGUUUGUGGUGAGCUACGCCAAGGACCUGGGUGUGCCCGACGGCCAGGCCGCCUUCCUGCUCACCGUGCUGGGCUUCGUCGACAUCUUCGCCCGGCCCACUGCCGGCUUCAUCACAGGCCUGGAGAAGGUGCGGCCCUACUCCGUCUACCUCUUCAGCUUCUCCAUGUUCUUCAACGGCUUCACGGACCUCACGGGGUCCACAGCCGGCGACUAUGGAGGCCUGGUGGUCUUCUGCAUCUUCUUCGGCAUCUCCUACGGCAUGGUGGGAGCCCUGCAGUUCGAGGUGCUCAUGGCCAUCGUGGGCACCCACAAGUUCUCCAGUGCCAUCGGCCUCGUGCUGCUACUGGAGGCCAUUGCCGUGCUCAUCGGGCCCCCGUCGGGAGGCAAGCUCCUGGAUGCGACGCACGUCUACCAGCACGUGUUUGUCCUGGCGGGGGCCGAGGUGCUGGCCUCCUCCCUCGUGCUGGUGCUGGGCAACUUCUUCUGCAUUAGGAAGAGGCCCGAGGCGGCCGUGGAGGAGGAGCGCCGCAGGCCCCCCGCGGACGUGAGCGCGGACUCCCGGGAGGCGGAGCACUUCCUGAAAGCAGAGCCCGAGAAAAACGGGGAGGUCGUUCACACGCCAGAAACGAGCGUCUGAGCCCGGGAG